AUGCAGAGCAGGAAAGAAUUGACAGUGCAGACCUAAAACCUGGAUGUAAAUAACUCGAUAAAUCAGAUCUCCCCCAUAAACUCUAUCGGUGAGGAAGCAAACAACUAGAGCAAUGAGUAUGCGAAUAACCCUUCACAAGUCAUUGUCAAAGGCAUAAACUACCCAUAGCAGAAAAAGGCUACCAGAUCAGUUACAUUCAAAUAAGAUGAGAAUCUCAAAAUGGAUGGUGGUAUAUAUUAAUAAUAUAAUAAUUUUCCUAUAGAAUUCGAGAAUAAUCAAAGAUUGGAUGAUGAUAGUUAUAUGCAGCAGUCAUUUGAUUAGGAAUAGAAUAGCUAGACGCGCUUAAGAGAUGAAAAUUUGCAGACUAUGGGACACGCAGCUGAUUUGAACAAUUAGAUGAAGCAGCAAAUCUUCUUUGGAGACGCCCUGCAUAUUUUGACAAUUAAAAGCGGGGAGAAAGUCAAGAAGAUGGACUUCAUUGGGCAGUCAGAUCCCUAUAUAUAAUUCACAUACAGAGGAAAAACUUACAAAACAGAACAUAUUUCCAAUAAUUAAAAUCCAAUCUGGAAUCAAAAAUUUUCAUUUGUUCUUAAGGCGGCAGACCAAAACAAGGAAACUCUGAGUGAAAAAUUAAAGUUUUAUCUCUACGAUUAAAAUAGCAUAUUGAAAGAUGAGUUAGUGGGAUAUUGUGAUAUUUCACUUGAAAAGCUUAUCACAUCUAAAGGAGUUGAACAAAGGCUGAAAGUUAGAUAGUCUGAGGAUGUAAAUGAACUUAAGAAAGAGCAAAAUUUAGGGUUUAUUGUGGUUCAACAUAAAUUUAUGCCUUUGAUUAAGAGCGAAUAGGCAUUUCCAGAAGAGAGAGACUACCAGGCAACAUUUGAAAAUUUAGGCAAGAUAGGAUAAAGGAGGUAUAAAGGUAUUUUGAAGCUAACUACUCAUCAUUUUGAAGGCCUAGAAUAAAAAGAUGACUAUGAAAUCUUUUACAAAUUUACAGACGGUUCAUCCUAGAGUAAUACUCCUAAUGAUGGUGGGAAAAGCCCUCUUUAGAAAGAACUUAAAAGCCCUAUGAAAAUAGAAAAGAGUCCUUUGGAAGUCAAAAUGGUAAAUCCUUAAUAUAAAAUAGCCAAGAAGCAAAAAUAAGAUGAUUAAGUUCACCAAGAUCAACACUUCAAGGUGGCUGAUCUAUUUAGUGGAAUGCUCUACAUUCAGAUUGUAAAGAAGAAGAGCUAUUUGACUUCUGAUUUAUAUGCUAAUAUAGCUUGCAAUUUCUCUCAAGCAGACUAAAUACUAUAAGGUGAUCCAAUGAGCAUAGAAAUAGAGCUUAACAGAACUCUUUCAUCUGUAAUUGGAUCUCAAAAAGAUUCCAAGUCGGGUUAAAAGGGUUCAGUCAUUUCAUCAUCUGAAAUAAAUCCAAAGAUUAUUUUAACAAUGACUUAUUUUAAUUCAAUACUCACCAAGUUUCCUAAAGGCCAACUUAAUCUAACAAUUAAAUCUUUCCCAACUACAUUUUAUCUCAAUUUAUAAACUAAAGACUAGCCCAUAAAGAUUGAGAGAAUGAGAUAGCCUGUCGAUAUCUUAAUAGCAGACUCGCUAGAUGACUUUAAAAUUACUGUGAUGGAGAAAAAAUCAGUGACGAAUUCAGUUAUUGCUUAGUAUACUAUUAAGCCCUAUGAGUUUUUCAACAACAGCGACUAAAUAGUCUUCAGAUUGAUACUUUAGAAUUUCACCUUCAUUGACUAAAAAAAGUCCUAAGAGAUCAGUUUAAGUGUUGCAGCUAAAUUCAUGCCAGAUAUCAGUUUGGUUUCUGAACUUGAUUUGAUAAGUAAAUAUGGCUAGCUCAAAGAGAGCCAGAGUAACUUUGCCACUCCAGAUAUUGAUGAGCUGAUGAAACGUGACUCUUCACAUUACGGAGGCGGAGGAGGAGGAGGCUAAGAGGAAAGUAUGGAUAUUCAGGAGAAGCUUAAGAUUCAGCAAUUUAGAAACAGCAGCAAUAGAAUAGAUAGAGACCUUUAUACUUUUUCGCUUUAGACUUCGAAACCCAUUGUGAAUCAAGACUACAAAAGAGGUGUCCUUGUUAUCAGGCUUUUGAAUAUUGAUGAUUUCUACUGGGAUGAAAUUUAGCCAUCAGGAAAAGAUGCGAAGAUACCUUAAUUUUACUUUGUCAUAAAGACUUCAAAGAUAUGUUGGAAUGAAGUCUUUGAAAUUAGAAUAACAGAUCUUAAUGAGGACAUUGUAUUCAAGCUUUAUAGAGACGAUGUUGUACCUUAACUUGUGGCAGAAGGAAAAAUAAAUCCGACAGUUGAUUACAACAAUUACAAUAUGUGGCAGAAAUAUGACUCUCUCGGAGUGCUCCUUAGGCUGAAGAAUAAACCAGAUGAAGUAAAAACCCUACAAUAUGAGAUGAUGUAUCGCUACUCAAAGUUCACUCGUGGUCCUAAGGGGAAUCUCGAAGUGAGUCUGGAUGCCGGCUAUGGAUUAAAAUACAAUGACAAUUCUUAUGAGCGACCAGUCAUCAAAUUUAAACUUGGGAUGUAAAAUUACUAAAUUACAGAGGAUAUUAACCCGCAUUAUGCCUCUUGGAAAUAAAAAUUUAUGAAUUUUGAGACUUCAUCAAUUUGGGACUAAAUUGAAAUUAGGUUUUAUGGAACAUAGUCUAGUUCCGAAGAUCUAAUUCUUAUCGGAGCAUAUCAUAAACCAAUCAACUCGAUCUAUUAUGAUGAUGAAAGCUUUACUCAGAUUGAGAUUGAUAUGUCCGAAGCAAGUCCCUAGCUAGGAGGAUUCUUGAAGAUUUUAUUUCAUUUUUAUCCCUAGAGACAAGGAUUUGAGGCUGAUUUAAAAUAAAAUUAGGUACUCUCUAAUCAUAAGUAAAAACCUCUUGUUGAUGAAUAAUUGGCAUUGUAAGACAAGAAGCAAGGUGUUUGCUAUUUAAGUUUAAAAAGUGUUGAGGUCAAAGGUUUAGGGGCUCAUCAGUCCUAUAUAAUAGAAAAUGUGAGAUUAGAUAUUGGCUAUUAAAAGUAAAGCUGUCUUUCUAGAGUGACUACUGAUUUGAGAAAAACGCAAAAUAAGGAGAUUUUAAAUGAUACAUUUAGGCUGGUGCUUGAUGAUAUAAGCAAUGCUAAGUACGAUCAAAAUAGAAUAUUAGUGAAGGCUUUUGAUAUAGAUUAUAAAGGAAAUAAAGUCAAUUCUGAAAUUUAGAUAUUCAUUGGCCAAGCAACCAUUGAUCCUUAUAUUAUGAGACAGCAUUAGGGUGUUGAGAUUCAUUACCAAUGUGCUAUUGAAAUAUCUGAAUAACAUUUCCUUAAUAAAUCUAAGAAAAAACUGCAGGACGAUUCUUUGCUAAUGGAUAGCGUCCUUGAUGAAUUGGAUGAAGUCCAGUUCUUGGAACUGACUGACCAUAAAAGCAAAGCUCAACAACUAAACAGAGAUAACAAGAGAGAACUAAUCUUGCAUUUCUAGAUAUUAUACAUAUCCACUGCUUUUACAAAGAACCCAUUUGGUAUGAUUGCUAUUAAUGAUUUAUUCCUACUUAAUUUAACUAACUAUCUUGAUAUCAGCACCCUAACAAGCUUAGGGGAUGUAUUUUUGAUAUUCAAACUGAACGGUAAUAAAAAUAGCACUUCAAGUGCAAAAAAUAUCUCAAAAGAUGCCUUGAAGAAGGAAAAGUUGUGCCUUUUUCAUUAGGAAUACGACCCAAUAGAUGUUAUGAGGGCAGGGGAAUCUUACUGUAUAGACACAAAGGCACUUGAUACGUAUUUUAAAUGGGAAAAGUAGCUUGUACUCUUUACUAGUCAUCCUCUAGAUCAAAUUGAAGUUGAAGUUGUUUAUCAAAGGAAGUAAACUAAGAUGAUUAGGGAUGCUAAUAGCAAAAUUAUCCUAGCUAAUAUCCUAAUAAGUAUCGCAGAUAUAUCUUAUUUCCUGGAAAGAAAUGCUGGGAAGGACGUGGGUGUAGCUAACCUAAUGGAUUUCUAGGGCUCACCAGAGUUCAAUCCUUUUAGUUGGCUUGCAAUCAAACAGAGUAAAAGUAGAAAAGCAACUGAGGAUGCUAUGAGCCAGUAAAAGCUAUAGAACUUUAUGAAUACAAAGGAUCUAUCAUAUAGUGCUUAUUAGAACUAACUCAUUUUGAUAUUUGAUACAAAGUUUUAUCAUGAUGGAGUUAUUGAAAGAGAUCCCAAGAGACCUUAAAUGCUUAGCAUUGACCACAUAUUCAUAGUCCCUAGAGAGGAAAAAUAUGAUAACUUCAUUGCUGACUAAUACGAAUCAUUUGUCAAUAGAUUUUAAAAGGAGAAGCAAAAGUUAGAAGGAAAUGCAGGCAGCUCUUUGAAAGACUCCGUUGUUUCCAAUCCUAGAGGCUCAGUGGUGUCAAAUUAGGAUGGCAAAAGUAAAUACUAGGAAAACAAUCACAUGCUAGUAGAGUUUCACUUGAUUAACUUGAAUUCAAUUUUGAGAGAGGUGCAGAAUAUGAGUAAUAAGAUUUAUUGCUUUGUAGCUUUUGAAUAUCUUUCCUCAACUGACUCAAUCAGUUCUUAUAUCAAGCAAUCAGUCAAAUAGUACAAAGCAGACUUGAUGAUGACUGCCCAAACCAAUACUCUUAGAUAUUAAGGACUAGAUCCUAAAUAGCAGUAAGAUUAAGUUCAACAAUCUAUUCCUAAGAAACCAAUCAUCAACCCUUCUGAUUAGGGUUUCACGCAUAUAGUAGAAGAGAUGUUUGGACCUACUCAAGAGUUAUUAGGACUGAACACUCAGAUUACAUAAAUUUUUGGAGUAAAUGACUUUGAAAUUCAUACAAUUAAUAAGAUGCUUGAGGGAUGGGUUCCAAUAACCACCAACAAAAUCAUGCUUUCUCUCAUUGUGUAAUAAAAUGGGUUUCAAUAGUUAGAUUUGUUCAGAAACACUCUGUUAGAAUCAGUACUUUGUCGCAGCAACACACUUUUGGGUAUUAAAUUCACUGGUAAGGACGACAGAUUUAAUUAGGUUGAGGUCUAUUAGACUCCUAUUGACUUUGAUUUGAAGUAGAGUAAAUAAAGUCACAGUAAUUAAAGCAUUAGCUAGUUAUCUGCAGAACCCUCAAUCCUAAAGACCUUUUAUUAGUCUGCCAAUUUAUGUGAGUUUGUGGUUGAGGCUUCUAAUAGUCUUCUGAUGAAUCCAAUAGUAAGAGCUUAGUGCUAGGUUAGAACUAGACUUUAAACCUCUAAAUUCAUAGAUAUUCCUUCAGGGUAUCUAAGUGUAGGCUUACGAAAUAUGACUCAUAAUAAUGAGAAUUUACCAGAAAGCAGUUACGUUAAAUUAACUCUUCGAAGCAAGAUCAACAAGAUGAUGUUGCCAGUUGAAAUUUAAUAAAGGUCUACAGAUACAAAAACGACUGGCACAAUGAAAUGCUACAAGAAGGUUACUAAGAAAAAUGGCAAAACAGUAGUAACAUUAAAUGAGAUAGUGAACUUUGUGGUAAGGCACUUUGCAGACUGUCUGAUUAUAUCUAUUUAUCAUGGAAAGUCUGAAGAUUAAGAAGAGCCAGGGCCAGAUGACUAGCUUCACUUUUAGACAAAAGUUGAACUCAAUAAUCUUGAUUUGAAUGAAGAUAAAUUGACUAUUGUAGUGGUUGGAACUAAUUCUAUGAGGAGAAGAGCACAACCUACAUAUUACACCUUUGAGCUUGAUCUACAUUUUAAGCCUAGACUAAUCAACUCUAAGAUCUAGAAUGACUUAGAAAUGGCCUAUGAGAAUUUCAAACUGCUUAAGGGGUCUGAUAAACUUACAAAGGCAGAAGAGGAGGUGCUUAAGAUGCUGCUUAUGAGAGCAGAACUCGCAAAAAAGCUGACUAAACAGAUACUAAGUCUUAGGAAAUGCUUUUUUAUGCUUAGAAACAUGGUUAAGACUUGCUAUUAAUCUUUUGACUUCGGAUAGCAAGUAUACUUGAGAGUUUUACCUAAAGCCUUCUUUUUCUCAAAAACUCAUCAAACGAAGGACUUGCCUCGCUCCAAGUACAAUGAGUUAAUGGCUACUAUAUCUACUGAACUAGCUCAGGGAAGGCAAACAGGGUAUCAAUCCAAUAGUUUGGCAGAGACUAAGUACAAAGGAACACCCCUUGAGAAAAAUUCUACUAUCGAGAAAUCAAACAUUUUAAUUGUAGAAUUCCUCUCAAACAUCAAUCUUGGCUCAUCAUUCAACCCUAAUGCAUCUAUGUUAUCCAUGAGGAAAACACCUUCAAAUUUAUCCCUAGGCAAAUUUGCCUCUAAUCAGACUUAGGGCGGAGGAGGAGGAGUAAUCACAAAUUUUGCCAAUAAAUACAAAAAGCUUAUUCUGGUGGCUACUUAAAAUGAAACGACAAUUGCUAAAGAAGUCUAUGAUAAGUAUCAAAUCAUUAAUGGCUAGCUUAUGAAAGGCCUUAAGAUUUUCUUUAACAAUGUUUAAAAGGAUAAUGUACUUUCCUUUAGACUAUUAGUAGAAGAGGAUAAUGCUAAUAUUCAGGGCGGAACUACCAAGAAAUCUGAAAACGGGAAGCUAGUAACACUUGGUAUCGUGUCUAUAAAUUUAAAUACAACUGAACUAAAGGCUUGGACAAAGAAAAAGCAAAAUCUAUGCUUCAAUAAUCAUAUAAAUACUGAGAUAAGCUUGAACCUCAUUUACUCUGACUUUACCAAAAACCCUACAAAGAUCGUGAAUUUCAUGUUCCAUAGACUAGUAUAGAUAUUGCCUGAGGAUAUUUUAGAUAAAGAGGAACAGAAGAAAGCAAUCGAGCAAGAAGAACAGGAUAAAAUACAAUAGUAAUUAUAAAACCGCAAUAAUAAAGGAGGCUAGGUAUAAUAGCAAUAGCAAAACCCUCAAAAAGGCUCUUAAUAAGAUUAACUCAAGACAGGUGAGUAAUAAAUUGGUGAUCAAAAUCCAUCUAUCAGCAAAAAGUUAUUGUUGAUGCUUAAUAAAAAAGAGUAACAGCACAAACUUGUUUUGAGUGAAUCGAGUGUUGUUGAGAAGAAACUACAUGAUGGCUUGUAAUCGACUCAGAAUCUGGCUGCUCUUACUAGUCAAAGGAUAUUUGAAAAGCAUAUGAGUCAUGUCCUCACAAAUACACUAAGCAAAUACAAUUCACAGCAAGCACCAAAAGAUGGGUCAAUGAAUGACAAGGUUAACAAAUUGAUUAAUGGAGAAGGAGAAGAGACUCAAAAGUAUAAGGUGCUUAUAGAGUAUGAAAAUUGCAAGGAAUUUGAGGGCGAUAUAAUGGAAAGCAAAAUUUAUGAUGUUGACUCUAGAGGGAAGAAGCUCAAGCCAUUCAUGGACAAUUUAACCAUAAAUAAUACUAAGUUCGAUAAUAAGAUCAUAUUCAAACUGUGUAUUGAUAACUCAGGAGUUCAAACUAAUAACAACCAAAAUUAUGAUGCAAAUACACUUAAUAAUAGCUUAGUGGUCUUAGCCCAAACCUCUUUAUAUUUGGCAGAAGUAUAAACUCUACCUAAUCAGACUUUGAACUUCUUUGUCCCGUUGAAGAAUAUAGAGCCGUCACAAAAUGACGACAUGGCAUAGUCUUGGGUUCAUAAAAACUAUGAGCUCAAAGAUGUCUUUGUGUUGGGAUCAAUAAGAAUCACAGAUAAAACUUUCGGGGAGUUGGCAAUACACCUAGACACUUUUGCAACUAUUCCAAGACAACUAGAUCUUAUCAGUCUUGCUUAUAACAUCUAUGUAAAGCCCUCUUAGAUGUAAAGGGAACGUUUAAUGAUGCAAAAGCUGACAUCGAAGUAUGUAAAGGACUCUAAAUCUCAGACGAGUGAGCAGCUAAAAGCUGAAAAUAAUCUAUUCUUUUUCGAAAGCAAACGUUUCCCUUACGAAAUUACAGCCAGCACUUUGAAGGUAGAUAGAGAGGAAAACUAGCAAAUGCAAAUGAAGGACAUAUUUGCUGAUAGAGACAUAUUUUUGAAUCCAGCCUAGUUCCAACUCUACGAAAACUUAGACAACAAACUGGUGUUUGAGUUGAUAGCCUAUGAUGAGCAUGAGGAGUAGCGAAUUCUAGGCAUUAAGGAGAUAUCUAUGCUGGACAUGAUAAGGAAACAGAUGAAUAAUGAGAUUGACAGAGCGAGAGCUGCUUAGUUUUAACAGUCUAGUAGCAAGACAGGAGAAGCUAAGAAUUAGCAGCUAGUUGGAUUCGCUGAGAAAAAAUUGCAAUCAGAGUUUGUUGGUACUUCCGCAAGAUUCCAAAAGUUAUUCAAAGACUCGUAUGUAAGGUACAACAAGACAAAAGAGGAAAUUUAGAAACAGAAAGAGGAGGAGGAAUCCAAGAAGUCUAGGGAUUAAAACGAUGAAGAUCAAGCUGAGAAGCUGAUACCUGAUGAUAUGGUGGUGCCCGAGGGAUAUGAGGUGUUCAGGCUGGAUCACGCUAAGAUACCCACUCCGGAAGAAAAACUGUAGAAGGUAGAUAGUAAGUUCAACAGUCCAGUCAAGAAUCAAAAGAAAGGGGAUAAAAUUCAAGACUUGCAGAAGCUGUAGUAAAAUGAGAUAGUGACUGUUGAUACAGGAAUAAGGAUGCUAGUUAAGAUUGAAUGGAACUUCAAGUAUAAGGCUCGAAUGAACCACACUGAUAAAUAUAAGGAAUUCAAUGAGGAAAUCAGAGAACUUGAGAGAAUGAAGCAAUAGAAAAACAUUCUCAACUUGAUAGAGACGUUAGACUAGGUAAAGACAAAGGUAGAUUUGACUUAGAAAAAUCUGAGAAUACUCACAUCAGUUUUAGCUACUGAAAGCUGUCUGUCUGGGCAGACAGAGGAGGAUUUCCAGAAUAAUUAGGUGCUCAAGAAUACUGAUAAAAUAAUCAAGAUCAUGGCUGAGAUGUAUAAGUAUAGGCAACUUGAUUCUGGUGCUUUAGUUCAAGUCAUGAAAUGUAUCACUUACUUAAAGAUAACAUGCGACUGUGACAAGAAGUACUAAAACAUAUUCAGAGAGCACAUUUUAAAGUCUAUGCUGAUUGAGACAAUGAUUGAGCACUACUAGACCAACAUCCUUAGAGCAGACGGCACACUAUCUCAGAAGACAUUGGCUUUGGAAUUCAUGAGUUUCAUCACCACUAUCCAGCUAGAUUUCAAUGAAAUCUACUUUGAUAUGAUCAGCGGUGUCAGACUUGAUCCACUUCUGGCUUUUAUGAGUCAAUCAAAUGAAACAGAUUUCAAUAUUGUGUUGGCAUAUUCCAAAUUCUUGAAUUCUAUAAGUCAGUGUCUGUUUAACUUCAGGCCAGAGGAUUAUAAAGUAGAUGAAAAGAAAGCAGAACUAAAGAAAGCAUUGGUUAAAAUGGAUAUGAUUAAAGUUGCAAAGGGUAUUAAUAAGCUGCUGGUCAAACUGCUGAAUGGAACUAUUGAAGUUUUCAAGAAUGAUUACGAGAGAGUGUCUGAGAUUAUUACAUAGACUGGAGUGCAGUUCAUUCAUCUGUCUAUCAUGCAAUGCAAACUUAUCUCCUAUGAAGUCGAUUUCACUCUUCCAGAUAUCCUGCUAAAUCUGUUUAAGAUCUUAGUAGACGGGAUUAUCUCUUAAUUGUCGCUUGACUUUAUCACAGAGUUGAAAUCUAGACUGAACUAUGAGAUGUCCUUGAUCAAGUCGCUAGGAUUAAGAGAACAACUCAUGUUGAUGUUUGAUGAUUCAAUUUUGAUUGGAAUGAUGGAGAGACUUACAGUGCAUUUUGCAUAGCUGAUGAAGCAUUUUGAUAUUGACAAGAGAGAUCAUGGAUUUAGAUUCUUCGAUAAGACGAAACUCAUAUUCGAAUUCUUUGCUACUGACUACUGUUUGAAUGUACUGGCAGAAAAUAUCAGAGCAAAGGCAAGUGUGGAGAAGAAGCCAAACCUACUUCAAGAGAUACUAUCAAGUCCAUCAGUGGAGGAUCUUGACUUCGUAUUGUUCCUGCAAAGAGUGGUCAAAAUAGAUGCAGAGAUUGAAUCAAUAGCUGACGGAGAUAACAGAGAGGAAAGAGAGAGGAGGAAGCAGUUCAUUCAGGAUAAAUAUGGAACUAUGACAAGGGUAAAUAAAUUUUCAUUGACUAGAGUAAGUUGGCUAGACACUCUUUACAACAAUAAUCUAUGA